AUGAAGUUUAAAAAGCCAUUUUGUCCAAAAUCAACUCUCUUUAAACGAUCCAAAAAAACACCACCAAAUCCAGAGAUUCAACUUACGGGUAUCAAGCGAUGGCAAUUAAUUGAAGGCAUUAAAAAUUUACACCAAAAAUCCAACACGUCGAUAACUGAUGGAUCAUUUCACAACGCAAUAAAGCCAGCAUUAAUCAUAGGACAAUGUUUUGGUGCAAUGCCAGUGUCUAAUGUAAUAUCCAAAUAUCCAUCGUCGCUUAAAUUUACAUGGAAAUCACUGCAAAGUUGGUAUGCAAUUUUUGUAACUUUAAGUGUCGGAUGGGAGGCACUUUUAACAAUCUACUGGACAUUCAGUCGUCAUUUAGAGUUUGGUAAAAUGGUCUAUCUUGUAUUUUAUGUAUCAAACUUCAUGUCAUUCGUGUGCUUCUUCAGUCUCGCCACAAACUGGCCUGACUUGAUGAUGUUAUGGCAUAAUGUCGAGAAAAAAUUGCCGCCGUAUCGUUCAAAAAGUGAAAAAUUUUAUUUGCGUGCUAGAAUGAGAAAUAUAGUCAUAAUAAUCCUCAUGUUGUCGUUGAUUGAACAUAUUUUAUCGAUCAUUAGCGCUCUUGCCAUUGUGGUUGACUGUCCUCGAAUUAAAAACAUCAUGAAGGCUUAUUAUGUUAAAAGUUUUCCACAAGUCUUCUCCUUUCUGCCGUACUCAACAGCCUUUGGCAUCUACAUAAAGUUUAUUCAUGUAACAUCGACCUUUAUGUGGACUUAUACGGACUUAUUUAUCAUGAUGAUAUCUUGUGGAUUGUCGGAAAAGUUUAAGUUAAUUAAUGAAAGGAUGCUUGAGGAUAAAGGAAAGGUGCUGAUUCAAUUUAAAACGGAUGAUGAUAUUACGGGUAUGUAG